UCUGCUGCCGGUUGUUGUCACGUCAUUACUGGAACCCAUUCGCCUUUAAAGAAACCUAGUUUCUACUUAGCUUCAUUGUCACCAUCAAGAGCCGUUGCUGCAAUUGAGAAGUUAGUUUGUCAGCUGUAUCCGCCAAAGACUCCCAGUUCUAGUGUGAAAGAACUGCUGAGGUGAUUACCGAUUUAUCCGAAAGAGGGAAGGCCAAUCUGAAAGACUAUUCUCAAAAAAUUGAAAGAGGCCAUCAGAAUCAUCAUCAUCGUUAGAGUUUUCUUCAUCCCUAACAGCAAUGUUCUCACAAAGCUCAUCCCCACCAUCAAUGCGGCUGCAAAUAUCUCCGUAUUUACUGCCUGACUUCCGAGACUGAGAUCAAUCUGUUUCGCACAGCCCGGCUUAACUAGAUGAGGAAUUGCGACUACUGCCAGUUGUAGUCAUGUCAAUACUGGAACCACAUUCACCUUUAAAGAAACCCAGUUUCUUUUAGCGUUAUUGUCACAAAGUCUUGAAUACGUUUCUAUAUCCAAGUAAAAUACCUUAUUUUCCUUCCAAAGGAGACAUCACUGUUUACAAACGUUGUUCAAAUUUGUAACGAGAGAAAGAAAAAAUCUUUUUCAGCCUAGUGUUUCAUUCGAACUUCGAUAUUUUACAGAAAACCUCUUUUUGAGCACACUUUAACUCAUCCUAUGACAUUAUUUUAUCAUAUUUGGUUAAAAACAGUAUCCAAAGGAACAUGAACAUGUGAGAUAUAUAUAUUUGGAAAAUCAGUUGAUGCAUAUGCACGCCUAUCGGCAGAGUGCUGAAUAGAAGGACUAGAGCGUAGUAUAAAAAUGCCAAGUCAAAUCUCACGUUCACACCAGACAACCUCGACUAUAUUUGGAAAAUAGAUGGAAAAAGUUACAUAUGUUUGGAAGAUCAAGCUUUCUUGACCUUGAACUUUCAACUAUGAUUCAUGCAGACUCCGUAUCAUUUCUCAUCUCUACUGAUGAUCGAAUUCAGAAGUAUCCGUCAACGUUUGGCUCUCCCUAGACAAAUCCAUCGGUGAAUUCACAACGGUAUAUAAAAAAUAUGUGCUUUGAUAUGGCUUAGGGUCUAUAAUCACGAUUUCGGUUUGUAACUAGUUUCAAGAUCAUAAAUUAACCUAUAGUGCGGUCACGGUCAUCCAUACAGUAUUUAGGAGAUGCCCUUACCCACGAGCAUCGCACCGGUAUUGCGAGGUCACGGGUUCAAACCCCGUUGAAGUCCUGAAUUUUUUUUUUUUCAGGCUUCUUUACGCAAUUGCAUAAAUUGCGUUCACUGCGACGAUCAUUUCUUCAUUUUCAUUUCAUUUCCGCAGUUCAUAUAUGAUUUAUUUCAUAUAUCAUUAACACUCAUUUCUUUCAAGGGAACAUAUGAACCCACAAUUGACCUGCUCCCAACGUCAGUGGCUUCAUAGCUCAGUUGGUUAGAGCAUCGCACCGGUAUCGCAAGGUCACGGGUUCAAACCCCGUUGAAGUCCUGAAUUUUUUUCAGGCUUCUUUACGCUAUUGCAUAAAUUGGGUUUACUGCGACGAUCAUUUCUUCAUUUUCAGUUCAUCUCCUCUUUUGUUGCUACAGGAAAGGAUUGCGAAGAAUUUUGGCUUUGCCUCCGCUUUUGGGUGUCACGUAUAUUUUGGGUUAUUUCAUUUACUUCUACAUCGCCGUAGAUUACCUGUAUAUUUUGGUGAAUUCCGCGCAGGUUUGUUGUUCAUACUUGAUUAGAUAUUCAUUUACCCCGAAACGUGAAGAGGAAAUUUGUAGCUAAUUUCCCGCCAUAUCGCUAUUUUGUCAUUACUUUUCAUGUUAAAACAAAAACAUCAUUCAGCUUCUCAGAAUUAAAAUGUGAGGUUUGAGGGAAAAUUUUCUUCUUUGCAAUGUUGAAACCUCAGUGUUGGAACUAUCGCUGGAAAAAACAAACAACCCAAAUUAAAUGGUGGGGAGGGGUGAUGGUUGUAGUUUGUUCUGUUCUUUCAAGCCACCCAAUUUAGGGCAAUGUAUAAUUCAUCAAUUGUGUCGCCGAUUGCUGAGCAAUGGGCUCCUUCAGCUACCGGUCUUUAUGUAUAGGUUUUAAACCAAAGGAAACUUCUCUCGAUACACAAAAACAUACUGUUCUGGAACUCUAACUUAGGAUCGGACCAGACCUUUUAUUUGAACUUAAUUUUAUGUUCUUAACCAUCUUUAUUAUCUUUCUUACCGGUUAUUUUACAAUUGGAGGUCUGCUUCUACGUUCUCCAUAUCGAUAUACUACUCAAGCUAGAGAAUCUGAUGAUCAAAAGAAUCUGCAUGCUUUUUUCAAGAUCAAGGAAUGCACCAACACAUGAAUGUUUUCUUUUUCUGUUCACAGGGAGUAAUUUUUACCAUUUUCACUGCAUUUUUGACCAUCAGGUAUUCGGGUAUAAAGCUUAGAAUAGCAUGUGCUACUGUUGAUGAUCAUAAUGACAGCGUAUUUUCCUGA